AUUAUCAUCAUUACAUCUGUAAAUUCCAUCGGACUUGAACGCAGCGUGCGGAAGCAGCUCCUGCAGGCUGCGUUCAAGUGCUGUGGUUUGUCCCUAGCUAAACCCGAAAGGCAGCUUCACCUCAACUCUAACUAGUUAGCAUUAACAAACCAGUCUUUGCUUAGGGGAGGCAGCGUUUUACAUUUAAUUUGGAUGGGGCUAAAAUGCAUGUGACGUUAGUGACUGGCUAACUGGCUGUAGAUAACACAUCUGGGAGAAACAGUAAAGCCGUAAAACCUCUCCCAGUGUCGUAGAUCUAAUCUACUCGUCAAGAUGUCAGCUUUCUCUGAGGCGGCUCUAGAAAAGAAACUGUCCGAGCUCAGCAACUCGCAGCAAAGUGUGCAGACGUUGUCGUUGUGGCUCAUUCAUCACAGAAAACACUCGAGGACCAUUGUCGGUGUUUGGAUCAACGAACUGAAGAAAGCUCAGGUGUCACGCAAGCUGACCUUCGUUUACUUGGCCAAUGACGUCAUUCAGAACAGCAAGAAGAAAGGACCGGAGUUCACACAGGACUUUGCACCGGUCAUCGUCGAUGCGUUCAAACAUGUGUACAGAGAUGGCGAGGAGGGCUAUAAGAAGCAGCUAGGUCGGGUUUUGUCUAUCUGGCAGGAGAGAGCUGUGUACGAGAGCAACCUGCUGGAUCAGCUCUCGCAAGUCCUUUAUGGAGAAAAGAAGGCGAAGAAGAGGGCGUAUGAGGAGAUCCGACCAGACGAUGAGGACUUUGCUUCCCAGAGUUCCCCAGCUGAGCCCCCACAGACAGCGGAGUUAAUCCGAGCUCUUCAGGAGCUGGAAAAUGCCGCCUCUGGCGACUCAGUGCUGCGUCAGCGCAUCUCAUCCCUUCCUGCUGAGGUGCAAGACACCUCGCUACUUCACAGGAUCACAGAUAAGGAGUCGGGGGAGCGUCUCUCCCGGCUGGUGGAGGAGGCCUGCAUGGUGCUAGCGGACUACAGCGGUCGCCUGGCGGCAGAGAUCGAUGAUCGGAGGCAACUCACACGCACACUUACGGUCUUCCUGCAAAGCCAGAAGGACGGGCUGACCCAGAACGAGCAGAAACUAGAAGAAUACAAACGCAAACUGGCGAGGGUGACCCAGGUCCGAAAGGAGCUGCGUGCGCGUCUGAACAAUCUUCCAGGAGGACUCUACAACUCUUCCAAAUGACUAAAGUUUCACCUCCUGACCGGAUAACCUGACCCUCCUGCUUCUGCAACAUCUCAACCUGUCUCUUAGACAUUUGAUCAGUGACUUUGCCAUAUUCUUGGUUUUGGGAAGUGUCUGUGUGGUGACCUGUCGUUCUCAUUCUGUCUUUAACAUAUUAUUUAUCCACAUGGCUUUCAUGAACAGAGUGUCUUCUUUUUCUGUCUGUGAGUUCAUAUCUUUGUGCUGUAUGUUAUCAGUACAUUGAAAAUUAAGAUUCGUACUCGUCAGACAACAAGCCCCUCUUGGUUUGGUCCCUUUAAAGUGGCAUCGGUGAUGCUGGUGUGAUAUUUUUGUAUUCAUAGUGACUUAAGAUAAUGCACCAGAGAAUACCCCCCCUAGUGUGAUCAUUUAUAAUAUUUUCAGUGUUUUGGAUUGUUUUCGCAAGUUUAUUUUACUAGUCUAUAUCUGUAAAUUAAUCUGUCUAACUCUUGGCUGUAUAUCGUUGUUUUUAUGCAGUGUGAUAAUGGCCUCUGAAGAGAAUGUACAAUUUAAGAAACCAUAUUCUGAAGCUGAGCUGUAAGCCAUGUCCCUGAAAGCAAACCAAAAUGUGUAAUCAUCAUUUACGUAAAGCCUCUUUCUGCGAGGGGUUUGUAAGUUAUGGUUCUAUGUACAUAUUGAAAUUUGCAUGUAAAUAUGAUGGGAGUUAUACCUGUAAAUGAUUUGUAUCAUUGUCGACGAGGCGUGUGGUGAAAUGGUCAUUCAGACAAAUUACUGAGCUAUCUCUCUGUAGUCUAAAGCUGCUCAGACCUCCACUGUACUGACAUAAUGACCGAAGGAGCCGGUUGUCUUGUUUACUGUAUCACACACUGCUUCAUAGAUUUAUCCUUAACUCUACUGAAUGCUGUGCAGACGCCUCACACAGCUUGAUAGGUGCCCCUCGUUUCCAAAGCCAGACUUAAGCUGUUGUUUUUGUACAUUUAAAAGCAAAUUCUUCUUAGAACCAAAUA